AUGUUCGGUUUCAGUCCCGGAAGCAACCUCAGAAGUUCUUUUGCAGCACGGGAUGGCAAUGAAGGCUGCAAGUCACCUCCGUCAAGCCGUACUCUGGUGCGAACGCCGUCACUUGUAUUGCCCAAAUCUCUUGUGCUGUCAUUGCUGGGGUCGCCGCCCUCGUCGCUGGAGUCGCCGUCGACGCCUGGGUUCACCUCCACACUUUUGUCAUCGAAGUUCUUGUUGCAGAGUUGUUUGGAGUGCCUCGUUGUCGCGCCGGCAAUUUCGGUCAAUUCGUCGGGGUCGCUAAAGGUUGAUGAAGGUCCAGAGAGUCUCGCGCCAGUGUCCAUCACCAAUGCCAAAUCCCAUGUCAGAAACGUUUUUAAUGUGAUGUCAUAUGGAGCUGUUGCUGAUGGAAAAACUGACAAUAGCAAGGCCAUUUUUGAUGCAUGGACUCAUGCUUGUCAAUCCGUCGGUGGAGGUAUGGUUUUGAUCCCGAAAGGAACGUACCUUGUGAACCCCGUCGUGUUGAAAGGCACAUGCAAGGGCCAAAUGGUCUUUUUCUUACAAGGUGACCUUAAGGCUCCUACUGAUCAAAAAUCUUGGGAUGAUAUUGACCAUUGGAUCACCUUUCAAUACGUUGAUAACUUUGUGAUGAGUGGAGGUGGGUCCUUGGAUGGUCAAGGAGCUUCUGCUUGGCCCUACAACACAUGCAAUAAAGAUUCACACUGCAAGAAACUUCCUGUUUCUCUAAGGUUAGAUUUUGUGAACAACGCAUGGAUAAGUUACAUAAAACUGAUCAACAGCAAGAACUUCCACAUGAACAUUUUUGCCUGCAAUAACAUAAAAUUGGAACACAUGCACAUAAUGGCGCCAGGGGACAGCCCCAACACCGACGGAAUCCACAUUGCCCUAUCAACCGGCAUCAAGGUCUGGGACUCCAUCAUCUCCACCGGUGACGAUUGCUUAUCGUUCGGUCCAGGGAUGAAGGAUGUCGACAUUUGGAAAGUUCAAUGUGGCCCCGGCCACGGAAUCAGCAUCGGAAGCCUAGGGUCGAGCCCUAAUGAAAAAGAUGUUCAAGGGUUUAUUGUAAGGAACUCUAGGUUUAUUGGUACCCAAAAUGGAGUGAGGAUCAAAACAUGGGCUCUCCCUCAUGCUAGCAAUGUUUAUAACAUCACAUUUCGUAGAAUUAUAAUGCAAAAUGUUGCCAACCCCAUUGUCAUUGAUCAAGAAUAUUGCCCGUCCGGUAAAUGCAAUCCCCAGGGUUCGUCUCAAAUUCAGAUUCGCGAUGUCAAGUUCAUGAACAUUUGGGGCACUUCGAGCUCGAAAGUUGCGGUUAAUCUCGAUUGCAGCAAGGGAAAACCUUGCCAGCAGAUUGUGCUGAAAGACAUCUAUCUGGCAUAUAAAGGCAAAGACGGACCUGCAAUUUCUCAGUGUUCCAAUGUCAACGGUGUUUCUUAUGGCAAGCUACAACCUCCUUCUUGCAUACAGAAAUCCCAGUCUAAUUGA